AGCCUCUCUAUCCUAUUGGAUGUUAAAAAUGCAAUCACAAGUUUCCCUGGUAAUAAAGAUAUGAGGACAAAGGUUCAAAACUACCAUAUCCUUUACAUAAGUCUUAAGGUUCGUUCUAUUCAGAGAGAAAGAAGAGAAAGAGCUUUUUGCUACAAACAAAAGAUACAAUAAUGUUAACUUCUCACUGAACGAAAAUAUUGCCAAGGAAGGUAAUGGAGUUUCUGGAAGACAAAGAGACCAAAGGAGUCCCACAGGAAUUUCACCUGGAAGAUUUACUUUCAGUCGUGUUGAUGAUUAAGAAACCUGGAUAAUGUUGGGUUUCCCGUCUUGGAUGUUGACACCUUUUCAAGUUCUGGCUUUUCAACACUUAUCAUGCUUGAUUACAGGUCAGUUUAUUAGCUCUUCGCCUCGUAGUUCCAUCACUGGAGUCAUUGGAGAAGAGGUCAUUUUGCCUUGUUAUGUGGUAGCAGAGAACAUUCCUGAGAUAUUCUCUGUCCAGUGGAUAUUUAACGGACAGACUGAAAAAAUAACGGUGAGCACAUACCAUGGAAAAAAUAAAAAUGAAAAGCAAGAUGAGAGAUAUCAAGGCAGAAUAGAACUAUUCCACAGUGAAUUUAAAACUGGAAACAUGUCUCUGCAUUUGAAGAAUAUCAGAAGUUCUGACAAAGGAUUGUAUACCUGUGUGGUCUCUUUCAAUGAUGAGCACCGUGAUGUGCUGAUUGAACUGCAAGUAGCAGCUAAAGGUAGUGUGCCUUCCAUUUUCCUGAGGAGUCCCAGGAAAGAGGGCAUUGGCCUCACCUGCCAUGCAGAUGGGUGGUUUCCUAAACCUGAAGUGAUUUGGUUGGAUGGCCAAGGACAGAUCAGGAAGGAACUAUCAACCACAAAAGUUAUGAUGAUGCCUUCAGGCCUGUACAGUGUCCUAAGUUCCAUGAACCUAAUACCAGGAUCUGACAUGGAAGUCUCCUGCAGGAUAGUUAACAAUCUCCUGAAGACAAUGAGCGAAUCCCGAGUGCUGAUUUCAGAUAUUUUCUUCCCCUCCAUUUCAAAAUGGCCGGCUGCCUACCUGGUAAUUUUAUGUGCUAUCGCAGUCCUAAUUUGUGUUGUAUUUUUUAAGCUAAAAAGUAACCACAAGAGAACAAUUAAUUCAGUAAAAUUGAAGAAAACGAUGGAAGAAGAAAAUGAACAACUGAAGUUGAUGUUAGAACAAGAGAAAGCCACAAAUCGAAGAGAAAAAUCCAAACUCAAAGGCCGCUUUGGUAAACUGAAAGCUGAGCUGGAUUUCUGGGAAGCCCAGAGCUAUGCAGUUCCCAUUACUGUGAACCCUGAAUGCCAACUCCUUGAGAUCCAAGUGCCAGGAGCUCCAGAUGUUGAAAGCAAUGCAACUGAACCUGCUGACCUGAGCAGCCCCUCCACAAUCCCUGUCCUGGUGGCAAAGGAAGGGUUUGCAUCUGGGAAACACUACUGGGAAGUGGAUGUGGGCCAGCAGCAGGACUGGGUGCUGGGGGUCAUAAGGCAGAAAGGAAAACAAGAGGAGCAAGAGACACUUGCUAGAGAGGACUUCUGGGCUCUGCAGAAAUCCAAGGGAGACAUUUUCUCUAUCAAGGGAAACAUCAGUUUUGAGAAGAAGGAGAUGAAUGACUCAGUGAUUGGUGUGCUUCUGGACUUGGAGGAAGCACAAAUAAACUUUUACGAAGCUCAUCAGAUGUCCACCAUGGUAAAAAUCCCUAUAAAUCUUGGAAAGGAACCUACAGAAAUGUUUUUCCCAUUUUUAUCCAAAGGAGGAGAGGCAGACACACCUGUUAUCCACCCAGUAUUAACCCCUGUCCCUUUGGAGCCACUGUAAAAUGAGAUUUUGAAUAAAGUGUCUUAUAGAAUCAAA